AUGGAUGCGCGGCUGCGGUUUUUUGAGAACGAGCAAGGUGGACGUGGUCAGUGCAGUGGGGCAAAUGGAGGGGUAGGAGAGCAAGCGGAAGAGGAAGCGGAAGAGGAAGAGGGAGAGGGAGAGGAAGAGGGAGAGGAAGAGGGAGAAGAAGAGGAAGAGGGAGAGGAAGAGGGAGAAGAAGAGGGAGAAGAAGAGGAAGAGGGAGAGGAAGAGGGAGAAGAAGAGGAAGAGGGAGAGGAAGAGGGAGAAGAAGAGGAGGUUGAAGAAGAAGAGGAAGAGGAAGAGGACCAUGCUGUGAGAGAAGCACACUUGCCACGGUCCCUUCCAAAGUUGGAAGAGCGGGUGAAGACUGAUGUGAUGCUGCAGCAGUUGAGACCUUGCUCUGGAGUUCAAAUCAGCCAGGGUGAAUUGGGCCAGCCUGAUGUGGCAAACGGAGCAGCAGCAGAGAAAGCAAGAGCUGAGAAUAUCCCGAAGCCGCGUCAGGUGCUGUCGCGGGCGGGCAUGGUUCACUAUUUGGAUGUGACGAGUGCAUGGGAUGCGGAUGUAUGCGAGUGCUGCUUAGACCGUGCGUUAAGCAAGCGAGCACAGCAAGCACUUGGUAUAAAGAGCAUGAGGGACGUACGUGGCCGCCACCUGAGCAGACCCCAGCCGGAUUGCAUUCCCGCCGCAGCACCCAAGCAGCAGCAGCAGCAGCAGCAGCAGCAGCAGCAGGCGAAUUUGAAGUGCCUUAGUGGAGCAGCGGAGCUUCGUGUGCUACGAGGGGGGCGCAGAAUAUCGCCACAGGAGGAGGUUGUAUGGAAGAUGGAGUGGGCGCCUCACUUCUGUGCGGAAGCCAUGCUGCUCGAGUGGAUGGCUGAGCCUCGUGUGGGCGUGCUCAUGGACCUUGAGAGGAUCAGGUCCCGCCUGCCAUCCAUUCUAGGAGUCACUUUUGAGAAUCCUCAGAAGGUCGCUGAGCUUCAUGUGGGCGUGCCCAUGGACCUGGGGAGGAUCCGAUCCCGCCUGCCAUCCAUUCUGGUACUCGCAUUUGGCCGCCUGGCCAGCUAUUCUGGCCGAGCUAGGGGCGGGCAGGCAGGUGGAGAGUGA